UCGGUCUACAUCCGAUCGAACGAUGAUCGUCAUUGUCGAUUCUUCUUCGCUCCAGGCCGAAUGUCAUUCAUAGAACCGAAGAAAAAUUUUCACUUUUAAUCCGAUAUUUUGUGUUUGUUUUCAACCAAAGUGAGCUACGAUUAUAUCAUAUUAAAUUACAAGUUCAAUGGCAACAACUACUCCUUCCCAUUCGCAUGCAGUGCGUCCAGCAACUGCAGCAAUCACAAAAUCCGUGAUGCAUACGCCAAAAAUAACAGUUACAAACACAACAACAUCAAUAACAACCACACCAACGACGAAAACCGAACCAGUGCCAAAAUCACCAGACGACGUAACUGCAUUGAUGCCCCGGAAAAGUUUGACCUCCAUGACGGAUGACGAGAUCAUCCAAGAGAACCUCAAGGAAAUACUUGAUAUGAAAUCGCGAGAGGAACGUAAGGCCAACGGACGCCUCGUGGCCGUGAUUGUUGCCUUUCUGGUGAUCUUUAUGGCCCUGUAUCAUGCUCUGAAACGCAAACCUGCCGCGUUGUCUGGCUUCCUGGUGCCGGCUGGCAUUAUGCUCUUCUACGGCGCAUGGGUGGUUGUCCUGGCAAAGCGCGAUAAGCACAAGCGCGCCAUGUUUGAACGGCAUAUUGAGGAGGUGGCGUUGAAAAACAAGUCUGAAUUGGAGGAGAAGCACACGCGCAUAAAGCAUUCACAGAAAGGCAGCGCAUCCAGUAGUCUGCAAUAUGUCAAUGAACUAGCUUCUGGCACCGAGCAUCGGAAGAAGCAAAGGCGUCAUAGACAGCGGCAGAGGGAGCAUGAAUUGAAGCCCGAUGGAUUGGGCCUGACGGCUGACGUUAAAGUACACCGUUUGGGCACCAAGAGACCGAGCUUCAGACAAAAGCUCUUUGGUCAAACAAUUGGCCAUGUUAAGCUAUUGGAGAUGCAGUGCGACAGCGUGGAUACGGAUACGGAUACGAAUGCGCCAAAACCUUCAACAGUAGUUGAAUUAAGCGAGAAGAGAAAACGGAUGCAACGUUUUGAGACAUUACCUACACCACAAUUAAAGCACAUGAGCUCGGCGCCAUAGGCGUUAAGUGGGGGCUGAAGUUAAUAAAUGUACUGUAAACGUGUAUGAAUGCUCUAGUCGAGCACUAUAUCAAAGAGUGUAAAUAAACAAGAAACAACGUUUGAACUGGUUUUCAGAAAA